AAAAACAUGCAGAGUAGACAGUGUGCACUUACUGUAACUUAUUAAACUGUUAUUUAACACUCCCACCCUGAAGCUUAUAUUAUCCCAUAGAAUGGAUGAAAAUGAUGGUAUUGCACUGAUUACUUAAGGAUUGAAUUCUAUUACCCUUUUUUAGAAUAACAUGAUUUAUUAAGAAUAACAUUAGUGGCCAGGGAGAGGGCUCAGCAGGGAAAGGUGCUUUCUGUGUAAACUGGGGGAGCUGGGUUGUCCUAUGACCUCCACAUGGAUGCAAGAACAUAUGUGUGCCCACAUUUACUUACAUGAGUGCACAUAUACCCUAAGUACACAUAUCGUAUAUGGACAUAUGUGCAGAUACAAAACACACACACAUUCACACAGACGGGUGGGAUUGGAAAGACACACUAAGUUUAGGGACUACAGGUAUAAAUUAUUUAGUUAAGGUAAAAACAUAUACCAGCAGCUAUUAUUUUUAACACAUUAGUACAAUAUGUCUCACAUGCCAAAAAGUUGAACCAGUGAAAAUGUACAACCCAAUAAUCUGUGUCAUAUUUAUAACUUGUCCAAGCCUUCACACUUCAACCUUCUGUGAAGGCUAUACAUUACUGACUGAAGCUUCAGUUCUGUGAAGUUCCUUAAUAACCUGUAGACCUUCAUUCAAGAGACACAAAUGAUUUUCACUCAGCAGAAAUGGCAACCUCAAGGCUCAUGGUUUCAGUGCGCUGGAGACAAUCAACUGGUUUUUCUCUCUAACCUAGCAACAGCACUCUAAAUUCUUUUCUCUAAUGCUGGUGUCUUUUUCUAAUUCUCACCUGAACCAGCUUCAACAUCCAGAACGUUCCCCCAUUAGUGAAUUACACUGAUGCCUAUGCUUGCCUGAGAGUCAUGGUUCACACUUCCUGAAAUGUGUUUUGACAACCUGUACGCUCUUGGCAGAGUGACGGGCACAACACGGUGGGCAAUCAACACAUGUACCUCAAUGCUGGGCCAACUGUUUGAUUUUCAGCUCUGCAAGAGAGAGGACAUUUUCACACAGCUUUAAAAUUCAGGGAGUUAAUUUAAGUAUGAAUUUGGAUUUUCAUUCUCACGCUAUGGAAUUUUGUGCAAGCGUGAGGUCUGAAUGAAGCUAUUUCUUGUAUCUAUGCUUGAGUCACUGUUGUUCUAAGGAUGCUGUUUUACAGGUCUUGAACAUUUGAAAACCAGAACUAUUACUGCUUUUUGUGUAGGUUCUAGGCACAGUGAAACAAAAUACGUCCACCUAGCAGGAUACAAGGAAAAAGCCGAGUUCUGCAAGUUGUCCUUGGCCUCUACACACAGUGUGGCAAACUGGCCCACACACACUGCUUGUUGGUGAGAUCUUCGUGGCAUAACCGCGUGGGAGAGUCAGCCUCAGUGGGUCCAGGUCCACGUUUACUGAGAAGCUCUGGAGCACUCCAUACUAAGGUGACCGUGAGGGCAGAACAUAACUCAUUCUGUGGCUGGAGUUUAUUUCAAGAUCACUACACAGUCAUUACUGAGGGGUAGGGUGGCGGGUAGGUGGGUGCAGGUUUACUUCAGAAGUACUUUUCUAACUGGAGGAGGGGGAUUUCAGCUUUAUGACCUUCUGCCAAGGGAAGAAAGAUACAUUUGCUACAAUAUCUCUGAAAAACUAUUCCAAGAACCCAAACGUCAGUGGUUUAUGAGGUAGGCACGGGGCUGAGGUAGAAGGCACGAAAUGCGGGGAAUCCUACAGUGGUUCAGUCACCUCUGAGUCCAUGCUGUUCCUAGUAACACCCAAGCCCACACGCUGUUGACCCUCAAGCUGCUCCUCUAUGUGUGAAGAGCUGGGGUUGGACAGUCCACAGCCCGGCACGGAGAAAAGCUCUGGCAGCAGCCCCCAAGACUGGCUUAGGAUCUGGCGCUGAACCCUGACCCCAAGCAAGAAUCUGCAGCCUUGGUUUCCUGUUGUAACUUACUGCUUUGAGAAAAAUUAACUUUCUCCAGAUGGAAAAGUGACCAAGAAAGGCUGAAGAGAUCCCAACUGUAUUGAUAAAACUCCAGCCUUGAUACGUCACAGGAACUGCUGGGGACCAUUCCUUUAACAACCGUGGAAAGCCUGCCCAGACUGUGCUGUUACACACUGAGGUCUUGGCGGAGGAGAAUCCACAUGGGGUCCUGCCACUAGCGAACCACACCCCCACCACGAGAAUUCUAUCCCCAGGAUGUCGUUCAGGUGAAGCGAAAAGGAAGACAGUCCUGGGAAGAGCAUCUGUAAUCGGACUAACAAUAGAGCUGAAGUACCCGUCUUAGAUGCUGACAAGAGCAGAACGGCUCAUAACUUAGGCAUUCCAACAGUCUGGUUUCCGAAAUGCCCAGAACACCCACACCUGUACUCUGGCAGCUGGCUGGGGUAUGGAGGAGGCUGUGGGUCUGAUUUGAGGGGUGACUGCUUAGAGGGCUGGACAAAGGGUUGUGUGUGUGCUGGUGACAGGUCACAAAGGACGGCAGAGGAUAACUGUGCCUGUGUGAGCGCAUGUGGGCAGAAACCUUGCUGGGAGAUGGGCAAUUGCCCUCACUCCCUCCCUUUCUUGGGAACACGAUUUGCGGCUGGCAGAGAUGCCUGGGAUGAAGAGAACCGGGAGCAGUGAUUGUUUGCUACCUUACUACACUGCCCACAGUUACCGAUCCAUGGGCGUGUUCAACACCUCCAUGGGAAACCUACAACGACAGCUGUACAAGGGAGGAGAGUAUGACAUUUUCAAGUAUGCACCGAUGUUUGAGAGCGACUUUAUCCAGAUUAGCAAAAAAGGAGAGGUGAUUGAUGUUCACAACCGUGUCCGAAUGGUGACUGUGUGCAUCGCAUCUACCAGCCCUGUCCUUCCACUACCUGAUGUCAUGUUGCUGGCCCGACCAGCUAAAGUCUGUGAAGAACAUACCAAACGGGCCCGGUUCAUCAAGGGGAGAGGCUGCAAGCCUUUGAAGAAUUUAGAGCUCACCAGGCUGCUUCCUUUGAAGUUUGUCAAGAUCUCCAUUCAUGAUCACGAGAAACAGCAGCUGCGUCUGAAGCUUGCCACCGGCCGUACUUUUUACCUGCAGCUGUGUCCCUCUUCUGACGCCCGAGAAGACCUCUUUUGUUAUUGGGAAAAGCUCGUCUAUCUCCUGAGGCCACCGGUGAACAAUUGCACCAGUAACCCAACGCUUCCCACUGGCGACACAAGCACUGACACCAAAAGCACACUCGUCUCAGAGAGCCAAAAAGAAGGAGAUCAGGAUUCUAGGUUUCAAACAUCCCAAGAAGUGUCAGAAGCCACUUCUGCUGCAUUUGCAGGAGGAGAGAGAACACAACCGGCUGCCGCAGUCGCUCUUACCCCAGGACCUGCCAAACCAAGGACAGCAGAGGCAGCAGAGGCUGGAGGGGCAGCAGGGGCAGCAGGGGCAGCAGGAGCAGCAGGUGGCACAAUGGCAGCAGCAGGGACAGCAGGAACAGCAGGGGCAGCAGGGGCAGCAAGGGCAACAGGUAGCACAAUGGCUGCAGCAGGGACAGCAGGGACAGCAGGGACAGCAGGGGCAGCAGGGGCAGCAGGUGGCACAAUGGUUGCAGCAGGGGCAGCAGGGACAGCAGGGACAGCAGGGGCGGCAAGGGCAGCAGGUGGCACCAUAGCGGCAGCAGUAACAGCCCCCUCGGCAGGUAUGGCAAAAGCGGGGACAGCUACAAGACCGACCUCAGGUGUCAUAAGCAUGGCAGCAACAACAACCAAGUCUCCAGGUUCAGGCCAGGUAGCCAUGGCAGGAACAGCUGGCAAAGAACAAGUAGGAAGUGAAUCCAGCAAGACCAUAGCAGUUGCUACAAGUAUCACCUCGGGAGGAAUAGAUGUGGUCUUGGCAGGAGUUGCCAGUUCUACUUCAGAGUCCCCUUCUGCAAAGGGUGAUGCUAGUGGCUACCCAGACACCAGCCUGAAUGUGGCAUUUGCAGGCAGCAUGAAGACAAAGGGGCCUGCUGAGGAUAAACCUGAAGCUCCCCUCGUGUCAACCUUGCAGAGUGAAGGCUACAUGUGUGAAAGGGAUGGGAGCCAGAAGGUUUCCCACACCAGCUCCGAAACACAGAAGGAAAAGAGAGAGAGACGGGGAGAAAAGGACAGAAAGGGUAGCAGUAGGAAAAGUUCCCAUCACCGCAGGCCAGGAACAGGAGCGAGUCACCACAGUUCAGGCAAGGACAAGAACCGGAAGCCAUCUUCCUACCGGUCUGCAUCUAGCCAUGGGAAACCAAGAGAGGACAAAAGGUCUGCAUCUAGCCAUGGGAAAACAAGAGAGGACAAAAAGGGGAAAGGGCACGGCAGCUUAAGGGGCAAGAGACACAGCUCCUCUUACAAAAGUGAGUCCAGGAGUGGUCACAAAUCCAGGAAGAACCGAUCACCACCUAGCACGGGGACUGUGAGUAAGAGAGCUACUAAGAUUAGAUCUUUUUUCAGGAGUUUCCUAGUAAGGCCUACUUCAAAACCAGGGGACAUCUCGUGUGAUAGAGGAGGGGUAGACAUUGUGACGAAGUUGGUGGAGAAGCAUGACGUAGAGACAACGGUGGAGAAAAGCAAGGAUUUAGAGUUCAGUGAUACCAUAAUUUCUGAUACAAUGGAGAAGAUCAUCCUUGAGGCCAAAUCCAUUUAAAUAAGAUCCAGAGCAGGAAGCAGCGACAGAGACCAGGCCUCAGAGAAACACCCGUGAGCCAGUUCCAGCUUCCGAAAUGGCAGUUUCAA